AAUCCAAGAUGGCGGGAGAUUCAGUUCACGCGGUGUAUCGAAGCCCCCUCACAAGUCGAUAUGCUAGUCCUGAAAUGGCGUUUAAUUUCUCUGAGGACAAGAAGUUCUCUACGUGGAGGAAGUUAUGGCUUUUUCUAGCAAAAUCUGAGAAGACUCUAGGGCUUGAAAUCACAGAUGAGCAAAUCCAGGAAAUGGAAGCCAACUUGAAAAAUAUAGACUACAGCUUGGCUGCAGCUGAGGAGAAGAAACGUAGACAUGAUGUUAUGGCACAUGUCCACACAUUUGGUGUGUGCUGUCCAAAGGCUGCUCCUAUCAUCCACCUGGGAGCAACAUCUUGUUAUGUUGGUGAUAACACUGACUUAAUUGUUAUAAGGGAUGCUUUUAACAUUUUACUCCCAAAGCUUGCCAGAUGCAUAGAGAGGCUAUCAGACUUUGCUGAGAAAAACAAGUCAAUUCCUACACUUGGUUAUACACAUUUUCAACCUGCUCAACUCACCACUGUUGGAAAGAGGGCAAGUCUUUGGCUGUCAGAUCUCCUAAUGGACCUGAGGAAUCUUACUAGGGCUCGUGAUGAUUUAAGAUUCAGAGGAGUAAAGGGAACAACUGGUACUCAGGCCAGCUUCCUUACUCUGUUUGAUGGUGAUCACGAGAAGGUGGAACAACUUGACCAACUGGUCACAGAAAUGGCUGGUUUCAAAAGUCACUACAUUGUUACAGGGCAAACAUACAGCCGUAAAGUAGACUUGGACUGUCUAUCAGCUCUGAGCAGCCUAGGAGCAUCAGUUCACAAGAUAUGUACUGACAUCAGGCUUCUAGCAAAUCAAAAAGAAAUCGAGGAACCAUUUGAGAAAGAUCAAAUCGGUUCCAGUGCUAUGCCAUACAAACGGAAUCCAAUGCGGAGUGAAAGAUGCUGCAGUCUUGCACGUCAUUUAAUGGUGCUUGUAGGAGAUGCACAGCAGACAGCAGCCACGCAAUGGCUGGAGAGGACACUGGACGAUAGCGCUAACAGGAGAAUAAGUUUGGCCGAGGCAUUCCUUACGGCUGAUAUUUUGCUUAGUACAUUGCAAAAUGUUUCAGAGGGUUUGGUGGUUUAUCCCAAGGUUAUUGAUCGCCAUAUUCGACAGGAGUUACCUUUCAUGGCGUCUGAAAAUAUCAUAAUGGCAAUGGUGAAAGCAGGGGGAAAUAGACAGGAGUGUCACGAGAAGAUCCGCGUUCUGUCCCAGGAGUCUGGGGCGGUUGUCAAGGAGCAAGGUGGUGACAAUGAUUUGGUUGACAGGAUCAGGAAAUGUGAAUACUUUGCUCCAAUUCACAAUCAGCUGGACGCCAUCUUGGAUGCUAGUACGUUUGUGGGGCGUGCACCCCAGCAGGUGUCCAAAUUUAUUAAGGAAGAAGUCGAACCGGUGUUGAUUCCUUUCAAAUCGGAUUUAAGCAGCAAGUCUUCUAUCGAUGUUUAGGAUUUUCUCUUACAUAGCUUUGAGCACCUCGACCACUUGGUUGUUCGUCGGGUUGAAGCCGAUGGCUCGAACUGCGUUUGGAAAAUCUACGUAACUUAUUUCUCCGGUUUUGUCAUGGUCGAAAACUUCGAACGCUGCUUUAAAAGACUGCACGUCGUCCGGAAUAACAGUGGCCAUUUUCAGUCGAAGCGCUGCCUACCACACUUCUCGCCCUAGAGGAGGAGCUCUCAACUGCCUGAGCGAAACAUCAAACACCGACUAUACCAGCUGGUUCAGUGAUCCUUAAGUUUUGCUCCUCAUCUGACAACAUUUGCAAUCCAUUAUUUUCCUCCCAAUAUACAGAGGCGCGCUGAUUGGCCAAGCUAGGCACGCGGGCCAAGUGUUAAACGCGCAAUGACAACAAGGCAUUCUUGUUCGAUCGCUUCUUGGAUCAAAUGGUCAUUUGCAUCAGCGGAAAAUACUUCCUAGGAAAUGCGAAAAAUAAACUGAUUGCCGUGAUCAGCUGUGACAGUCCGAUGAGAAAUAUUUUUUUGAACUUGGUACACUUUGAUAGGAGAAAAAUUUAUUCACGCGGGGAGGAGAUUUUAUUUGUUUAUGCAACGAAUAGUACUUCCUCAUUUACAGUUCUAUAGUGUCUUUUUAAUUAAGCGGAAUUCUGGUUGUAAUAAAUUAAUCAGUUCUAAACUUGCUAAAUGAAGUUAUACAACCGUGACCUAAUUUGGUAGUAACCUGCAAAGUUUCCUUUCUGUUUUGCGAAUCAUAAAGUUAGUGUUGAUCAAUAAACUGUCAAUCCUGAGAACGAAACAGAGGCACAACUCGCUCGUUGAAGCGCCGAUGUUGUCACUUAAGACUCGAGCUCUAUUAAGCGAAUAUCUCACCAUUAUUUUGUCUGUGAAUAAUUCACAAGGAUGGCUCUCGCCUUUUGUUUAAAAAUCAUAAUCAGGUUAUUUGUCGAAGGAAGAAUAAUAUUUUCGGAAUAGUCGAACAUAAUGAGGUUUGUUUGGUACAGCAAAAUAUUUUUUCAACGUCUUUCAUUUCAAAAUUUUCAGUCGCCUCCUUCAUCAACACGUAUUACAAUGAACUUGAUGUUGAAUACAUUCAAAACCCCUGUCU